AUGGCGGCAAAGAAGAAGCGUGCACCGACUUUGGCGCCGGGUGACGGCAGGAAACGAGAUUGGCCUGCCAUCCUUUCCCACAUUGAGUUGGAAUGGGUCACUGAGCAAAGUGACUGUGAUCGAAGCGCCAACAAGGAUGGAGAUACGGUGGCCUUCAAGCACAGAGGAUUCAUUGCAGAGCUUCCUCAAGGCAAGACUCGCGACGCGCAGGGUCGCGAGCUUCAGGUCGGGAUGCAGAUGGACUCCAACAUUCUCCCGGAAACCAAGGAGGACAAGCCGCUGGAGUUCAUGCUGGGCACACCGAAGCUGAUCGUGGGAAUGGAAGCGGUGCUACGCACGAUGUGUGAAAACGAGAAGGUGAGGGCCAAGAUCCCUGGACCCCUGGCUUAUAACUCUCGUGGCGGAUUCCUGCCGUACGACACGGCAGUCCUGUACGAGAUGGAAGUCGUACAAGUGACUCGAGGCCAAGGGCUCCCGGACACAGCGGUGCCGGCGCCGGCAUCAGCGGAUGGCACGAGCGGAGCCACGUGGCCAUUGGUCGUGGCCUUGCUGCUGCUCCUGGCACUCGUGGGCGGAGGCAUCGCCUUCAUUGCGAAGGGCUCUGAGAAAGCCCCAAAGAAGAGCAAGGAAGCGAAGAAGGAUGGCAAAAAGAAGCGCUAA